UGGCGUCCCAGGCCUCCAGGCCCAAGGUCAGCAUCCCCCUCUCAGCCAUCAUCGAGGUCCGUACCACCAUGCCCCUGGAGAUGCCCGAGAAGGACAACACGUUUGUGCUCAAGGUGGAGAAUGGAGCAGAGUACAUCCUGGAGACCAUCGACUCGCUGCAGAAGCACUCGUGGGUGGCUGACAUCCAGGGCUGCGUGGACCCUGGGGACAGCGAGGAAGACGCAGAGCUGUCUUGUGCCCGGGGAGGCUGUCUGGCCAGCCGCAUGACCUCCUGCAGCUGUGAGCUGCUCACGGAGGUGGACCUGCCCCGGCCCCCAGAGACAACCGCAGCCGUGGUGACAGCCCCGCACAGCCGAGCUCGAGAUGCCGUCGGCGAGUCCCUGGUCCAUGUCCCACUGGAGACCUUCCUGGAGACUCUGGAAUCCCCGGGCGGCAGCGGUGGUGACAGCAAUAACACAGGGGAAGAGGGAGCAGAGCCAGAACCCGAGGUGGCGCCUGAGCUGGAGCUCUCCGACUACCCCUGGUUCCACGGGACGCUGUCCAGGGUCAAGGCAGCUCAGCUGGUGCUGGCAGGCGGGCCCCGGAGCCAUGGCCUCUUUGUGAUCCGCCAGAGUGAGACUCGGCCUGGGGAAUACGUACUGACUUUCAACUUCCAAGGCAAGGCCAAGCACCUGCGCUUGUCCCUGAACGGCCACGGGCAGUGCCACGUCCAGCACCUGUGGUUCCAGUCGGUGCUUGACAUGCUGCGUCACUUCCACACCCACCCUAUCCCGCUGGAGUCAGGGGGCUCCGCAGACAUCACCCUGCGCAGCUACGUGCGGGUCCAAGGCCCCCCGCCUGGUAAGACGCCCCACCUGGGAGGUGUAAUGGCUCAAGAAAUAGGUGGGAGGUGGGGGGAGGGAGUCGCUUAG